UUCAAGGGUAUUGAUCGAUAGGAAGAAGGAAUAUUUUUCCCUUGAAUAAAUAAUGAAAAGUUAAUGUGACGAUUUAUUUAUUCAUUUUCACAAUUUGGAAACUUGUGAUUAAAUUAGAUUCAGAUUCCCAUCAGACAAAAGUAAUAGUGCAGUCAAAAUACAAACCAUGUCAACUUUAAGUCAACAACGUAAACUAGUUGAACAACUACGUCAAGAAGCAAAUUUAAAUCGUCGUCCUGUUUCUGAAUGUGUGCAAGAAAUGAUUGUGUUUAUGGAGCAGAAUCGAGAAAAAGAUUGUCUUGUUUCAGGAUUUGCGAGUAAGAAAGAUAAUCCAUUCCAAGAAAAAGGCGGAUGCGUGGUGAUUUAGGCAACUUGUUAAAUGGAUGAUAAAACAAACAAUUUAGACUCAAUGUUCAAUUAUCCUUAUGCUCUUUACUUCUCUGCUUAUUUAACGAACAUUUCGUUUUUCCUGAAGAACAUGGGGAAACUAGUUCAAUUUCCAAUUAAAUUGAUUUAAUUCUUAAACUUUGGUAUUUUAAUUGUAUUGCUUCAUUUCGUUUUUGUGUACAUGGACAAGCGCUCACAAGUAAAUUUAUUUAAUUAUGCUUUUAUAUGAAUAACGGGGGUAUUCUCAUUUCGUCUAUCUAUUUCGUAAUAUCUUACUAUUUCUGUUGUUUCUAUCUCUAUGGAUGUAGACACUUUAAUCCAAAUAAAACCAAAUAACGAUGAACGUUUGAAAACAGACGGAUUAUUCGAAAGCGAACUUUUCGUUGAUUAUCUGUGUUCUUCUUACAGUGACGUUGAUAGACUACUUUACUUCAUUCAGCGAGGAACCCUAAGACGUUAGUCUAUUCACCAAUGUUGCGAAUCAUUCUAAUAGUGAUAUUAGUUUGCUGGGUAAUUGUUGACAGGGAUGUGUUCCAUUGGUGACCUACCGUUGUUCUCAAAUUGCCAUGAGAGUCCAGAGCUAAAUAUUAAUCACUGAGAAUGCAGGUGAUAUGAUAGCACUAUUCUUUAGACAACUCGAGAAGGGCUCGGAUUAGGAGUGAAGGUUAAGUUAUGAAGUUAGUAGCGAUAUUUAGGAAUCGAGUACGGAAUAAUACUUGGUAGCCAUGAUGAUAAAUACAUGUACAGUUUCUGCAUGAUUUCAUAUACUAGAAACCUUUAAGUUGUCUUCACAAAUCCACCUACUAUCUUCCUGGUUUGUGAAAACCUUAAAUGUAUUUGUUUGUGUUCCCUUUUACAUCGCAAAUUAAUCACUUUCUCAUUGUUAUUUUAAGAAACGUUCAAGUUAGUUCCUUAUUUCUGCUGUUCUCGUAAUAAUCAGUGUUAAACGUCAUACUGAAUGAAUAAUGGUAGGUUCUACCUCUUUCUUACUUAGCUUUUCGUACGAAAUAAGCUUUCCACCAUUGCACCUUGACGUUUGCUCAGAACUCCAUGACACUCCAACUUAAAUCUUGUCCGUUAGUCAGAACUGUAUAUUUUUCGCUUAACUGUUUUCUUCUAACUUAAAAUUCCUCUAAACUGAUGCCUAUAACCCCUUAGUGUCAGUAGAUAUUUAGGAAAGCCUAUUUGAAUCUUAAUGGAUUGAAGUAUCAUUUGAUUCAGGAUAAUGUGCAUAUUUCAUUAAUGAAAGCCAAGUGACAUGAAAUUCUGAGCCAAUGUGAGUAUCGAAACGGCUAGUUAUAGCCACCUAACAUCAAAUAAGGUUUUAUGAUGAUCGACCGAACUUUUCAGACUAUGAUAUGAUAAGAAUAAUGAAUGCACAUUUCUUUUCAUCAAUAAGCUUGACUGAAUCUACAGUAUGAAUGAGAAACAGUAAAAUCGGACUCUUGUAUUGUUGAAAAUCAGAUAGAUUAAACGUAUUUGAUAAUAUCGACUAAACAAGAGUAGCAUUGUCAAUGCUAAAUUUGGAGAUACAACAGAUGACUAAUCAUCAUUCACUGGAUUUCAUUUAUUUCAAGCGGCGAUUGUUCACUGGUGUUUUCUGUCUUGGUUUCAACAAACUAUUUGAAUGGUUCAUGGUUGAGUUUGUUGACGACUCUUGAAUUGUUAUCGACACAAUGCCAUUAUCGUACCAUCUUGAUGAUGCUUCAGAACGACCAUUUAUCAAAUGUGGUGUAGAUGUUGGGCAUUUUAAGAAUGAUGAACUAGAGAUAUUGACAGAUUUGGCUUGCAUUUUCCCGCUACCCUAUAAUUUGUUAACAUUAUAGAGAAGCAAUCAGUGAAAAUCUAUCUACAAGAAACGUUCAUAGUUUAUGCUAGCGAAAACUUAGUCUUUGGCACUGAUAAUUUUAAAUAUGACUUUGUUUCAUCGUGAAGGAAACUAUUUGUCACCUGACAGUUAUUUAUGCCAGGUAAUUCCUCAGGACAAAGUGGAUCGGUCAAUGAAUCAGUCACGGUUGGUGUGUUGCGUAACAGAAACGUGGUUGGGCACAGGUUAUUAUAUCGUAUCACGUUGGUAUAUCAAAGAUGAAAUUAGAAAUAAUGAAUAGCAAACGAAUCGGAAUGACUGUAGUAAAUAAUCACAAUAAAACGGAGAACUAGCUUCGAGAAACGUAAUAGGUUUGUAGAAUAAGUAUGAGAUAAUACUGAGACUCGGAAACUAGAGAGUGAUGAAUGAAUGAUUGGACACCACCGCUAAUUGUGGCACAUAACAUCCCCAACCAGUUUAAUACAAUAGAUGUAAUGUAGCUAGCAAUGGAAUCCAGGAGUCGUGAUCGUCCUUUCGGGGACUUGCCAGCUGCAUGUUUUUGACUACUGAUCACAGUUGUUGCCUGAAUUCCAACACUAACUAACAUGACUCAAAUCAACAGUCAGUAACUUUGUUUAAUAGCCCCUAGCUAGCUUCCGACCGACUGUCACGCCAGUCAGGAGUUCAUAUCAGGUUAUGUGGUGAAUUUUGUACUUUGAACGUAUACCGCAGAAGCCCCAGUGGGUGAAACAACAAGAAUUCAUCGAAGAAUUUUCAGUCGUUACCUAGUAUCCUACAUCUAACCUCACCAUUCCUCACUGUGUUAGAUGAAGUGGGAAGAAAGUAUUUCAUCUUUCUGAAUACUGAAAUUCUAAAAAAUAUCUCUCCUUAAAGAUCGUUCUAAUCACUUGGAGGCUAUGGAAGAAGUUCAGAUUCUUUGAAAAAAAUCAACAAUUAGACAAUAGUACAAGUUACAUUGUAGGGACCAUUCCAAAUAUGCUUCAAACGGUCUUGACAGAAGAAACUGUGUUAAAUGAAAAAUGUUUUAUGUGGGUCGACUUUCAUUACGGAUGGAUGUUGGUUGUAGUACCAGCGUAAACUAGAAGGCGCUAUGUAGUCAUUUUGCCCUGAUAUUGAAUUUUUCAACAGUCAGCACUUUGUGCAGUCACCUAGCUUAAUGUCGACUAGGCUAAGGCUAGGAAUGGGGAUUAUUGGAUCACAAUUCAAUAAUCUAAAAGAUGAGCGUUUGAAAAAGAACCUGAUAUCUUUCACUCGACCCUUAUUUAAAUGUUUGAAAACAUCACAUAGUAUGUUAGUUUUAAAUUCCUUUGAGUUAAGCACACAUUUCAGUUAACACAUAUUCGAACG